UCUAAAGGUAACAAAUGGCUCUAUUAUUAGUUAUAUUAAAUAUAAUUCGGCAAAAACAUGUCUAAGAAAACAGUUUUGCACCACUUUUAUAGCGAAGAAUAGUGGAAAAGAUUAAAAUCCAUUUAAAAUAAUAAUUCUACAAGAAAUGAGCUCAAAAAUUAAGUACGAAGAAUUACAAAUUCCGCUACGUACAGGCUACAUAGCUGCUUGCUGGUAUGGUAAUCGUAAUGAAAGACCUAUUCUGGCCCUGCAUGGCUGGCAAGACAACGCGGGAUCAUUUGCAUUACUGGCUCCGAAGUUAGGUCAACAUGUUGCCAUUUUAGCUAUAGAUUUACCGGGUCAUGGUAGAUCUUCUCAUUUUCCUGCCGGUUUAAUUUACCACACCUCCGAUUAUGUGAGAGUAAUUAAAGAAAUUAUGACUUAUUAUAAAUGGUCAAAAAUAUCUCUUAUUGGUCACUCAAUGUCUUGUGCCAUUAUCUAUCAUUUUGCUGCUUUAUUUCCGGAAUUAGUUGAUAUAAUUAUUAGCAUAGACGUUUUGCAUACCAGAUAUUUCACCUUGGAUCAACAAAUAAACACUUUAAAUUUUUGUAUAGAAAAAUUCCUCAUCGAUACAGAACGUAAAGUGAAAAACCAAAUGCAAGGCGACGAACCUCCUAGCUACACUUUUGCAGAAUUAGAAAAAAUGAUAUAUGAAGCCUCCGAAAGAUCAGUGGAUGUGGAUAAAGCUAAAUUUAUAUUACAACGUAAUAUAACAUUGUCCAAAAAACAACCCCAUAAAUAUUAUUUUUCCCGAGAUGGUGGUAUUAAGUUCCUGCUGGAAACCUAUACAGAACCAAAAUUAACCGAGCUUAUGGCCAAGAGAAUGUGUAACAUUAAAUGGUUGGUUUUAAAAGCUGAACAUUCGUAUCACUUAAACGAGGAGCAGGCCACAACUAAGAGGAUUUUACAGCUUCUUAAAGAAAAUAAUCCAAAUUUCUUUUUUUAUAAAAUACCGGGAGUAAAACAUCACUGCCAUUUAACUGAUGUGGAAAAAGUUGAGGAAUAUAUUAUGCCCUUUAUAAAAAAAUAUCGGCCAGCGGAAUAUUUGAAUUAUGGUGGAAUAAGCAAAUUGUAAUUAUGUCUUUCAUUUACAUUUAAUAAAUGUUUCUUUUAUUACAUUUGUAAUAA